UGAGGAGGGGAGGGGGGUGGGGUGGGAAUGAUCAAAGAUUUCCAGUGUUUGGAAAUGAGCGAUCAGCCCCUGCUGUUCACUUGCAGAGCUGCCUGGAUCAGCAGUCGCCUGACAACAGAGCCCUCUCGAAGGAGGAGAGCCUGACUGUUCACUGGGAUAAGGACGUUCGGGAGAUGAUGGCUCACUGGGUCUCCGGCUGGUUGCUCCUGAUGGGACUGGGCACCACAGCAAGCUCCACCCCCGGCUGCAGUAUCCGCAUCACUGAACAGGGCCUGACGCUGAUUCAGUACGAAGGACUGAAGUUUGUUGCCGAAGAGAUUGAAAAUAUCAGCAUUUCGGAUUUGUCUGGGAAAGAAGGUCCAUUCCAGUAUUCCAUUAGUGGGGUGAAGAUCACUGAACUGAACAUAUCCAGUGCUGUCCUCAGCUUCCAACGUGACGCUGGUCUACACUUUGAACUGAACAACUCGUCCAUCAGCAUCACCUUCCUGAGGAACAUGAUGUACUGGCUGUUUCAGGACGUUGGUCAGAUUAAUGCCUCUGCUGAAGGAGCCAACAUCUGGACUGUGCUACAUCUGUCCAAGAGUAAAUUUGGGCAGAUGAAGAUAAGCAAGUUGUCCUGCAAAGCCUCCAUUGCCAGAAUGAAAGCAAAGUUUAAUGGCAGCUUCAGGGGCUUUUAUGAAGUACUCUCAACUAUUCUCACAACUGGUUUGCGCUUCCUCAUAAACCAGCAGAUUUGCCCAGCCUUACAGCACUCAGCGCUGGUGCUGCUGAACUCGGUGCUGGAGACUAUACCAGUGCGAACGGCGGUGGAUCAGUAUGUAGGGAUCGAUUACUCCCUCCUCAGUGACCCAGUUGUUAAAUCUGACUAUAUGGACAUGGACUUCAAGGGAAUGUUCUACCCUCUUGGAGAUGAAAACGAUACACUGCCAAACACUGCAGGUAUCCCUCAUCUGAAGAGCAAGGAUCGCAUGGUGUACAUCUCUUUAUCCGAGUACUUCUUCGACUCCGCCAUGUUCUCCUACUAUAAAGCUGGAACGCUAAAGACUGUGAUUCCUGAGAGCAAGAUGCCCAUGGAUCUAGCUUAUUUACUCAGGACUACUUUCUUUGGAGCAAUCAUCUUGCUGACCCCAACAUCAUCAGCCAAGGAAGCACCCAUGCUGCUGGAGUUGGAAGUGACAUCAGCUCCUCACUGUACAAUCAAGCCUUCGGGGAUCACUGUUGGUGUCAGCGCUUGCAUGAAUAUCAUACUCCUGCCACCCAACUCCACACCGGUCACACUCUCCAGUAUAACCAUGGAGUCGAAGUUGAACGCAAAGGUGGCUUUGAAAGGGAAGAACCUAGCAAUCACACUGGGUCUUAGAAGAUUCAGGAUGUUCUCAGCGAAGUCAACUCUGGAAUCACUGGCGUUGAUUCCUAUCCAGGCUCCAAUGAAGGCUCUUCUGCAGCUCACUAUCAUGCCGAUUAUCAAUGAACAAGCUUUUCGAGGAGUGCACAUUCCACUGCCAGAAGGAAUUGACCUCAUCAAUGAGACUGUGACGAGCCACAUGGGUUUUCUGUCGAUUGGAGCUGAUUUACACUUUUACAAAGGCCUGAGGGAGGUGAUUAAUAAGAACACACAGCAACUCCCCCCAAACAAUGCAACUCUUCCCAAGUAGGAACAAGGCUGUGAAGAUUGGUAACUUCUAUACAGUGUAGGAAGACGAACAGCAGUAUUCUACUUACCUAUUAACUAUUGUUGUAUUUUAUUAGCCAGACACUGGCUCUAUAGAAUCUAUUCACUUUGUAUUAAUAAGUCUCUGGCAGAGUGUAGAGUCAAACAUUUCAAGUUUUUGUUGUACACUGAAGGUCAGAUUGGUGGUAUAAGUGCAACCACUGAUUGUUCAUUAUCAUUGUAUUCUUGCAGAGUUUGUGCUAAUGAACACCACUAAAAAUGCACCACAAUCUGAAAGGGAGGGAAAAAUACCACUGCAGAACCCUGGGCACAAUCUUAACUACACUGAACGUAUGAUUAUAGAUUGCAGGUGACGGUGUAUGGCUCAUGAAUAUCCAACCCCCCCCCCCCCCACAUCAUCACUGUAUUAUAAAGUUACAGUUCCAGGGUCAUGCCACGAUCCCAAACUUGAGAAGAAGGUGGGUUAAACAAUGGACAACACCUCCUGUUAAUCAUGGAAUCACACUGUGGUAUGAGCAGUUCUCCUGUACAUUGUGUUGAUAAUGCAAGAGACCCACUCAUCAUGCCCAUUGUAUGUACAUUGUUACCUUCCAGUUUGGAUUAUGGGGUACACAGACUGAAGGUAAUAAUGUACACACCAGCUACUGCAUCCUGCAGAUUGAUAGCAAUGGGUCUACUCAUUCGUUAAAGUUGUGGCCAGCUAAACACAAAGACUAUGUGUGAUUAGUGGAGCUGGUUUCUUUUGUGUGGGCUAUUUGCAAUUUACAUCAGGAAUCAUGGAAGUGACUUCCAUGCAUAACUUUAGAUCCAUACUGGCCAGUUUACAACUUGCACAAAUAAACUUUGCUUUAUUCACUUUGGAGAGACUUUCAGUAACCAGUGCAUUGUAUUGAUGGUAGAUUCCCUUGUUCAGCCAAAAUUGCCAUUUGUUCAUCUUUUGUCGCUCUUCUCAUAUCUAUUAGGCUCAUCAAAGUGAGGGAUGUUACACAAUUGAGCAUUUGCAAUUUUGUGCACAGCAUCAGUCACCUCUGGACCUGUCUUCACAGUGCCCUAAGUGUACACAUUGGUCCCCAUCUUGUGGUGAUGUCUCUCCGUUCUCAAGCUGGGAGAACCCAACACCUGGCCAUCAGUUGCCUCUCCAUCCCCCACACCAACCAUUUGCUGCCUCCCUGAGCCCCACAGCAGCCAGCAGCUGCCUUUCCAUUCCCCACAGCAUCCAUCAACUGCCUAUGAAUUUGGUUGUCAAUUCAAGUGUCAAAUAAGGAACAGAGCUAAAACUGCUCAAACUCAUUUCACUAGGGCUGUAACAUACAGCAUAUUGUAAAGUCUGUCACUAAACCAAGGUCUCAAAGAUUAUUGGAAACUAUCUAAGAGACUAUUGAAACUCACUUCAGCCAAUACUGGACCAGGUGUGACAUGGUUUAUUGUCAGAGGGUUGUGAAUUCCUGGCAAUAAUGCUGGUGUUAGACAGUAAAUGUAAGAGUUAUACUUCAUGUGGAGGUGAUCAUAGGUUAAAAUCUCCAUGUAAGGUGCUAGAGGAUUAGAAUUAAAUGCUCCAUGUCAUUGAUGGCCAUGUGCUGAAUGUUCUGUUCUUAACAGUACUGGUGAGUUAAGUCCUCCGUAUAAUGAUUCCAUAUACAAAAUAUUCCUUGUAAUGGUACCAUAGCAGUAGAUAUUCUCUGCCAUGGUGCCUGUAAUGCUGCUGGAUAAAUUAUCUGAAGUAUUGGAUUAUAGAGAAUGCCAGUUUAGACGUAUACUGUAAAGUAAUAACUCAUGCAGUUCAUCAGCGUGUUAACCAAAUAUAAUAAUGCACCCAUAUCUUUCCAUCAAUGAACAACUGUAUCGCACAACGUGUAAUAAAAAUUAUGACGAUAUCUCAGUA